AUUCGAAAGGGGUGGGGGGAGAGGGGCAGUUGCAAGCCCAUCAGGCAUCGGUCAUCAUUAGCUAGCUCGAUGCAUUGAUGAACCCCACCCAAUAAUAGGACCUGCAAAAAGUGGGGGCCGGGAGAGGAAGCAGGCCUUCCCCAGUCGAGCCGCCCCCCCCCGAUUGCGCCGCCAGUGCAUGCGGUUUUUUUUUUCACUGCAAGUUUAAGGAGGAAGUGAAUUUGUGGCCUUUCUGUGGAAGUCACAUUGGCACUGGUGACGCAGAGUCUGGACCUUGUCCUAAGACAAGGCCUUGAAGAUGUCAGGGUCAGGCCCUCCAGGCUUGGGCCGUGGGGGGCGUGGUGCUGCCCUCAUGGCUGUGUUACAGAAUCCCAUACGCCGUCCGGGACAAGAACCAUCCGCAUCGAGCACCAGUGGCCACAGUCCACCCGAGCGAGCCUCGCCCUCACCUCCAUCUUCAGAGUCGGCUGGCCCGGGGGUGGCAGCCCGCGUGCAGCAGCAGAAUGGACACAGUGGGGCUCGCCCAUCGCAGAGCGGGGAAGGAGCUGCCACCAAACCCCAGCCCUCCGUCGGGAGGGGCCUGGCCAGUCUCUACCAACAGAUGCAGCUGAGCAGGGGUAACUCGCCAGUGAGUUCAGGCUCAUCUUCACCAUCAUCGGGCGCAGUCACCCCAUCAGGCACACCCACACCCCCAUCCACGGGUACCGGGACGCCUCCUGCUAAGCCAUUCGGCCGGGGCAUUGCUGGUCUGUCCGCCCGUGGUAGCCCCACAGCAGUGCCAGCGUUCGGCCGCGGGAUCGCUGGGCUGAAGCAGAAGAGCCCUCCCUUGGCCCAGACCCCAGCGGAGAGCAGCCCACACUCACCCCUGGCGUCACCCACAUCCCCACAGGGGACUGGGACCACCACCCCUCAGCUCCAGCCGCAAGCAGCAGCGAGCGCCGUCAGGGAUAAGCCAGAGGUGCAGGUGAACAUACCACCACCUGGGACAUCCGGCGCACCUAUAAAAGUGGCCACUAACUAUCUACCCAUCAAGUUUGAGACGGAGGCUAUCUGGCAGUAUGCCGUCUCCUUCAGCCCCCACAUCGAGAGCAAAAAAAUGAGAAUGGGCCUGCUGUACACGUACCUAGACAACAUCAGCAAGGUCCGUGCCUUCGAUGGGACGAUCUUGUUUCUGCCUGUCCAGCUUAAAGAGAAGGUCACAAUAUUCAAGACCAAGGGGCUGCGAGAUAACACAGAGUUUGAGGUGAAGAUUCAGCUGGCCAAAGCGCUGCAGCCGAAAGACUGCAUCCAACUCUACAACGUCAUCUUCAGACGGAUUAUGAGAAUUCUGUCCAUGAGUCAGGUGGGACGCCAUUACUACAGCCCGGACCUAGCCACGAUGAUUCCACAACACAAGCUGGAGAUUUGGCCAGGGUACGUCACAGCUAUUCACGAGUAUAGCUCCGGACUCAUGCUGCAGCUUGACGUGUCCCAUAAAGUUCUGUGCUACCAGACAGUCCUGGAUACCAUGACUGAAAUAUACCGGAGGAAUGAGGACACGUUCAAGGACGAGUGCACGCGUCAGAUUGUCGGCACCAUCGUGCUGACACGCUACAACAACCAGACCUAUCGGGUGGACGACAUCGCCUGGAACAAAAACCCCCUGAGCACGUUCAUGUAUCACGACAAGGAGGAGAUGACAUUUGUGGAGUACUACAAAAAGCAUUACGACAAGGAGAUCACCGACAUGGGACAGCCCCUCCUGAUCAACCGACCCAAGAAGGAACAACUGAAGAAACCUGGGAGCAAGGCGUCGGUGAUCUGCCUGGUGCCCGAGCUAGCCUGUCGUACUGGCCUGACCGAUGAGAUGCGAAGUGACUUCAGAGUCAUGAAAGAUCUUGCCUUCCAUACCCGCAUCACACCGGCCCAGCGCCAUGUCUCCCUGCGGAAGUUCAUCGACAACAUCUACCAGAACCGCGACGCCCUGAAAGAGCUCACCAACUGGGGCAUGUCAGUGGACAGAGACAUCCUGACGAUGGGUGCCAGACAGCUUCGUCCCGAGCAAAUCAGGAUGCAGAACAACACCAUCGUGGCCAAUCCUGAAGCCGAUUGGGGAAGAGAAAUGACAAGAGAUAGAGCUACUUUGCCUGUGGACUUGAACCACUGGCUGCUGGUGUUCUGCAAGCGCGAUGCCAGUCGCUCCUCGGACUUCCUGAAGAUGAUGGAGAGAUGCUGCCCUCAGCUGGGCAUCCGCAUCCAGCCCCCCGUGCGCUUCCAGCUGCAGGACGACAAGACCCAGACGUACCUCAACUGCAUCCGUGAUGCCAUCAACCCUCAGCUUCAACUGGUGGUGAUCAUUUUCCCCACAUCCCGAGAUGACCGCUACAGCGCUGUCAAGAAGCUCUGCUGCGUGGAGAAGGCAAUCCCGUCCCAGGUGAUCAUCUCCAGGACGAUCAGCCAACAGCAGAAGCUGCGCAGUGUGACCCAGAAGAUUGCCCUGCAGAUCAACUGCAAGCUGGGCGGCGAACUCUGGUCCCUGGAUAUACCCGUGAGCAAGAUGAUGGUGGUGGGCAUAGACGUAUAUCAUGACCCGGCCAGAGGGGGCAAGUCCAUCGGUGCCUUUGUCGCCAGCACUAACAAGUUGCUGACCCGCUGGUACUCCCGAGUCUGUUUCCAGACUCCCCAGCAGGAGUUGAUCGACGGACUGAAGCUGUGCCUGGUGGCUUCCAUCAAGAAGUAUCACGAGAUCAACCAUGACCUGCCUCAGAAGAUAGUCAUCUUCCGGGACGGGGUCGGCGACGGCCAGCUGAACAUCGUCGCUACCUACGAACAGCAGCAGCUCUCCGCCUGUUUUGAGAUGUUCGGUGAAACCUACAAGCCCUCGCUGACCAUCGUCAUUGUCCAGAAGCGGAUCAACACCAGAAUUUUUGCCGCCUCGAACGGCAGACAGCUGGAGAACCCAGCCCCAGGGUGCGUGGUGGACCACACCAUCACCCGCCUCAACUGGUACGACUUCUUCCUUGUCAGCCAGCACGUGAGACAGGGCACCGUCACGCCCACCCACUACGUGGUCGUCUACGACACCAGCAAGUUCAAUGCGGACCAGAUGCAGAGACUGGCCUACAAGCUGACCCACCUGUACUACAACUGGCCCGGCACGGUGCGCGUCCCGGCGCCCUGCCAGUACGCCCACAAGCUGGCCUACCUGGUUGGAGAGAGCCUCAAACGGGAACCAGCCCUGGAGCUGUCCGACCGGCUCUUCUUCCUGUAAAAAGAAGAAGCGCUUCCCUGGAAGAGGUCACGUGUCACAGGUAUUAACUGAAACUUCAGCGUGUCGUUGGCCUGCAACACAAGCCCUGUGCUUCCAGUUUGCGUUAUUGGCAUCAUCCCAGAGAGUGUCGGUCUCUUACAUCCCCACCGUUGUCAAGGUAGCUGCAAGAUGUGUUGAUAUUUGUUGUAAUAUAUUUUUUAUGUAUUUUAAACGCUGUUGUGCCUUUUUUUUAAACUCAGGGAAACCGACCCCUUUUUCAAAGUUUUGUCUGGUUUUAUCUUGUUUGAAAUGGAGUUGCAAGUCGGCUCAAGACGAGUAAAUGAGCCUUUGAUUUUUCUUCCAGAAACAGUUUUGGCUGUAUGUAGAGUGAUUCAAGAUCCAUGUUUUGAACCAAGAUAAGUUCCAUACUGACACAAUUUAUUCACUAAGAUCGGAAGAAUAAAUUUGGCAGUACGAAACCAUGAAAAAUAUUAAAGUUGUGGGACGUGUUCGUAAACACUGACAUAUUUGGCCAAUGCUGAUCCUAUUGAUUUUUUUUCAUGUGUUGUCGCUUGACAGGCAACCUAGGAAAUGUUUGAAGUCUGCAGCGGCACGUGUAUUAUUGAAUAUGCAGCUUUCUAUGAGCAAUUUCAUGGGUGCCUGAACGCUGACAGACUUUUCUGCGCAUAUCUGUGUAAAUUGAAUGCUGACUGUCAAAAAUCACAUGACUGAAAAUCCUGUGUAAAACCUUCCUUGUGUUGAACAGGUGUACAAUCCAAAGAGGAGAUAUGCUGCAUAUUAUUAAGUUAUUAAUUUUAAUUUACAAGGUUUCUUGCCGUCAUGAAAAAGAUGACUAUUUCAAACUCAUAAAUUUUAGCCAAUUUGAGCCCGCAGUAACUCCAAGAAGGCAUCUGCCAAUUCACCAAAAUCCCAGAUAUCUGAAAGAAUUCCUGGGGGAGGAUCUUUGGAGACAUUGACAAAUGCGUGAUUUCUACGGAGGCCCCCGGGUUCUGGAAAACAUCAUGGUGCUAUAGAUUAUCGUUUACUUUUGAUUGAGGCGCACAGAAGCCCAUGAGCACGUCCACAGUUCUAGAUAUCGGGAGAGCAUUAUCCCAAGCAGAAGUUGGGAACAGUGUUCAGUUUUUUAUUACCAAUUUUCUCUCUUUAUUCCUUUGUCUUUGAUGUUUUCUUUUUUUUUAUCGUAGAUUUUAUAGUAGGCAAAAGUCUGCCAGGUUUUUUUUUUUAAUUUAUAUUGUGGAAGUUCAUGUUUUUUUAUUAUUGUCUGAAAACUAAAUUAAACUCGGACAAGUUUGUGUUGGCAGACAUUUAUUGAGGCAGAAUUUCACAGCCAUACAAAACCAGCCGGGUUUUUUCUUUUUUAAUGGCAGAAAGCUUACCGGGACUUCCUUUUACAACUCUUGCUUGUGCUCUCCAUUGUCACUCAAACGGCCUAACCUUGCGUGAAUUGAUCCCCAUAAAAUGAGUCCAAAGACUUCUUUUGGUCUCCAGGCAGUUUCCAUUGGAAAGAGUAUCAUAGUGAGCCCUUUGUUUCAAGGUAGCACUCGGUUUGGCAUCCUGGGGUCCCUGUUGAUUUCUACUGCACAAGACCGUGACUCAGACGUGGCUCUGGCAACUUGUGACCCGUUUUGUCAGGUUGGGUCAUAUUUUGUGGCCCGUGAGACAGCGCAUGCAAUGGGUGCUUGCUAAUGGGUGACUUCAGGCCUAGAAAGCUCUGUGGUUGUCCAGUUUCUUCAGCUAGAACUCGUGCUGUACUCGGUCGAUUCUACAGGGUGACUUAAAAAUCCCCCCCGCUGGUCUAGCUGCACUUUAAAAACGGGAGUGUAAAUCUGUCGUAGUUUGAAAAUGUAGUCAGGCAAACAUGGUUUUUAUAUCUUGUUACUUGUUAUUAUCAGAUUUGGACAGAAGAACUAUGUAGGAAAAAAGCCCUGUGAGAAAGUCUGCCACAAAAUAUCCUAUAGUCAUUAACCCUCCUAUGCUGAAGUCACUCUUUGGGUCACUUGGUAAACACCUCAAAGAAGCACAGCUGUGUUUGUGC